AUGUUAAUUGUGUUUAUUCUGUUGCUAGUUCUAUGCCCAUUUACGUGUGCUGUGAAAUGCCUCGACUGCGUCGGAAAGGACUGCAUGGGCUCAUUCUGUGAAGGCGACUACUGUGUUCUGGCACAAUACGCACCUCGAUGGGGAACGAUUGAAUGGGGAAAACCUCAAAUCGUUAAGAUUCAUGACGUUUGUUACGACUUCUCAUGA